AUAUCCACUCUUGCCGAGUUCUCGUAUGGUCUUUCGACGCUCUCGGCACCCAUCCUCAAGAAAGCCCGUGAGGAAGCAGCAAAAACGCACCAGUACUCGUCUGCAGAGACAGAAGCCCCGAGUGGUCGUCAAAGAUAUCGCUGCCCAAGUCCGAAGCUGGCGGGGAGUCCA